GGGGAAAGUAGUACUGGAGAUUAAAAGACAUGAAAUACAUUUAGUGAAAUCUCCCUUUCUCGAGAUACCUUCGAUCAUAUAAUAUGACCUGUAAGAGAAGAAAUAACGGACGUAACAAGCACGGUCGUGGCCACACCAAAUUUGUUCGCUGUAUCAACUGUUACCGUUGUUGUCCCAAGGACAAGGCCAUUAAGCGCUUCACUAUCCGUAACAUGGUUGAAGCCGCUGCCGUCCGUGAUCUUCAAGAAGCUUCUGUCUAUGAAGAAUACGCUAUCCCCAAGUUGUAUGUCAAGCUUCAUUACUGUGUCUCUUGUGCCAUUCACGCUCGUGUUGUCCGUGUCCGUUCUGCCGUUGAUCGUCGCAACCGUCUUCCCCCUCCUCGUUUCAGAUUCCAAAAGGCUGCUAACAAGGCUUAAAUAAGAAUGAAAUGAAUAAAAAGAAAGUCUCUAGUUCUUGGUUUGUACAUUCUUUGAUACAACGCAUGUAACAUCAUGGUUUUUCGAUUGUUUAACAAUAAAAAGGAGUAAAAAAAAAACCAACCACAAUAUGCGAUAGUGUUUGGGUUGUAUGGAAGUUUACUAAAGGAAGUUGGCCCCGCCCAGAGUUGUGCAAGGCACGUCCAGUCUGGUCAACGAGCACUUUUAAACAUUGCUGUAACAAUGAAGUUGCCAGCAAGGCUAAUUAUUUGGAUCAAGCAAAUGUGAUGUAAAGAGUCAGGCAACUUCAACUGUAAUGUAAAAUUUAAAAGGGUUUCAAAAAUAGAGUUAAACAUCUAAGGGCAUUUGUUU